CUCAAGAGAUGUUAUCAGACAAUGUAGGAAUGAAGACUGCUUCAAACCAUAAAGCAUCUAUCUUCAAGUUUUCCAAUUUUGAAGAUACUGCUGACAAUAAUACUAAAGUUGGAAAAGAAGAAUUUAGCAAAGACACCACCUUGUUAGCAAUGCCUGUUGUGCUGAGCCAUGAAAGAACUCCAAGCUUCAUAAAUAAACUUCCUUCAGAAAUGAAGGAGACUUUCAUGUACAAAAAUGACAAGACCACCAAUAAUUUCUUGACUAUUCAUGAAAAUAUCCAAGAGGAUAAAGGAGAAGAGGACAAAGAGUCUUCGUCAAAUUCAAGCUCUAGCUUUUCAAGUACUGUGAAUCAGACCAGCAGAGAUUCCUCAAACAAAAGAUGAACAAAUCUUCAACCUAUUAAUGAGAGUGUUGAGAUCAAUUCAGAGGAGCCUCAGCUUAGUAAAGGACCUACAGAUACAGAAACUCUUAACAUUAUGGAUCUGGAAUCUGAAGAUGUCUCUCGUACAGCUAUAGCAGAUUCUUCUGAUAGGAUCAAUAAGAAAAGAGUUGAAGAUGUAUACAACAAAAAUGUCCCGAAGCUUCCAAAUUCAGAGAAUCUUCAAGAAAAUCAGCUAGAGAAAAUCUCAACAACAAUACUUAAACCAGUCACAGAGAAGGAAAAAUCUAAAGUAGUCAGCACAAUAGAUGCUAUUAAAGAGCAAAGGACUAAGUUUAGCCCUACAGUUCCUUCUGUAAUCAAAAGGCCUUGUCUGAACACAGUUGAGAGAAGAGUCAAAAAUACUGAUAAAAUAACUGAGAAGCUUGUUCUGAAGAAAAAGAGAGCAAAGAAAUCAGAUAUCAGUGAUAUUUCCAUAGUAAAGGACCCCUCUGUUAAGAAAGGUACCAGCCCAACCUACAAGACAAGGAAUAAGGCUAAAUUUGAAGGAGAAUUAGACUUUAAAUCCUGAGCUUUCUCCUCUUUUAAUAAGAGAAAAGGAUCCAGUAAGAGAAGAAAAUAAGAGGAGGCAUAUCUCAAACCAAAAUGUCACUCUCAGUUGAUAUUCACCAUUAAAGAAGAAAAGCAAUCGUAUUUGUUAUCGUGCAGAGAAUAAGCUUUUCAAGGAUGUGGAUAGAAUCCUCAGCAGUGUUGAUAAUACAAAAGCUAGUCGUUCAAGAGCAAUUUCUCCUUCAAAUGAAUUGUCUCAAUUUUCUCCAAUCAGAGCAGCUGGAAGAACUAUCCAGAAAGUGUCAAGGGAUGAUCUGUUUUCACAGAAGAGAAAGCAUAAAAAGACAAAUUGAAGGAAUGCAAAAAGUCCUCCCUACAGAACACUUACAAGACCAUUAAUCGGUUCUUUCAAGAGAAGGAAGCAUUUUGUAGUCAAAUCUAAAUAAAAUUUCAUCGGGGUUCCAGGAUUCUCGGAAAAUUGGUGAUAGUAUUAAAAUAAGACGGAGGGUAUUCUCGCCCUCAUGCUCAAUAGGGGUACAAGAGGAGUCAACCUCCACCUUCAAAAAAAAAUGUGAUGACAGUAUCCAAAAGACCAAAGACGAGGAAUCUUCAGCUAUGUCUUUCCUUAUGGAAAGACCCAAAUACAAAACUUGUAACAAGAAGGAGUCAAAGGAAUUCUCAAUUUUAUCAAUCCGAAAGGCUAAACAUAAGAACAAGACUGGAAAUCUUAAAAACUAUAUCGCUAAGAUAGCCAACUUGGCAGAUUUUUCGGUUUCUAUAAAGAACACUGGAAGGUAAUCCUAGCUUAAAGGACUGCUCAAAAUGUUCAUUAAACAUGUUUUAAUGGCGAUAAAUAAUAUAAUUGAACGUAGAGAUUAUUUC